AUGAAGUUCUCUCUCAUCAUCGUCGCUCUCAGCACCAUAGUGACAUCUGCCAUUGCUGCACCGGCAAAAAGCGUUCCGGCAAAGGAUAACAGCGCAGGCAGAGUUGUACUUGAUGGUGCUCAGUGCAGUCCCGUUCAAGGACGUCUGGUGUGCGAUGAUGGCCUCGGCAACACAUUUUUUGCGGACGACCCUUUCUCGUCAUAAUUCAUGAAGCGAACAGCAAACACAAUCUCUAACUGCCAUUCUUUAACAGCACCUGCGAGGACACCCUCUUCGCCCGCCAAGUCAAGGCACUGAGUUCAUGGCUUCCCCGCAGUAUGAGC